UGUGCGCUGCCGAGAGCUGCCCGUGGGUUGGGCUCGGCUCCCGCUCUUGGUCUUGGCGCUGCCCUUGGCCCCCGGGGCGGCUCCGGGGGCGGUCAGUCCUGCGGGUCCCGGGGCCCCGACCCACGAUGUGCUCACCGGGGCUGUGCCCCUCUGUGGCUAAGCCAGGAUGAACUGGGUUUUUUUGUGUCUUAAAUAGAAUGAACAUGGCCAUUUAAUGCCCCGGAGCGGUGGGUUUGGCAGGCUCUGGCUCAGGUGCGGAGCUGCCGGGCGUUAAACGCGACGUGCAUUUGACCUGCGUGUGUGCGAAGGCGUUUUGAGCCCUUAAGGACACCCCGAGGAGGGUUUGGUUACCCGCUGUUUGCAGACACUGAAUUAAUCUCUGCCCUCUGGGGAGCUGUGCGUGGCCAGGCACGACCUUCCUUCCCUCUGCCUCUCCAGCACAGCUGAUCCCGGGUUUACCGUGUUUGCAGAGGGAAAGGCCGGUCACCGAUGACUGUUUUCCCGAAGCAGGGUGGAAUGUUUCAGCCAGUGGGAAGCCUGAAGGAGCAAUACCAAUUUUGGAAGAUCAGCAGUUAACAAAGGCAGAGUGAAGGAUUUGCCACGUCCAGACUGAAGGUGUAAGACUAAAAACCUACAGGGAGAUCAGCUCAGCAGCAGAUAUUCCACAUUUUUUACCUGCCAUCCCACGGCUUCGAGGGGGUCUUCACUACACAUUCAGAAGAACAGAAAACACUGUCACAAGUACAUAAUUGUGUCACCUAAAAUUUGGUACCAGCCGUAGUGUAGAUGGCUCAGCUUCCUCCUGGGAUUCGUUUCAUCACUUCAUUUUCACGAGAUCAGUGGUACAGAGCCUUCAUUUUCUCUCUCACUUUCCUGCUGUAUGCCAGCUUCCACUUAUCAAGGAAACCUAUUAGUAUAGUUAAGGGAGAGCUGCAUAAGCAUUGUGCUGCUUCACAUGAAGUUGAACUUGACUCCUACAAAGAAUAUGCUGCCCAGAUUCAGCCUCUCAAAAAGCCAUUUAACGCCUCUCAGUGUGGUUGGGAGCCAUUUGAUAAGAACAACUACAAACAGUUACUGGGAGCGCUGGAUUACUCGUUUUUGUGUGCAUAUGCAGUUGGAAUGUAUUUAAGUGGACUGAUAGGAGAACGGCUGCCGAUCCGGUACUAUCUGACGGGUGGGAUGCUCGCCAGUGGGCUCUUCACUGCCAUGUUUGGAUUGGGUUAUUUCUAUAACGUGCAUAAUCUGUGGUUUUACAUCAUGGCCCAGAUAGCAAAUGGUUUGGUGCAAACUACUGGCUGGCCGAGUGUCGUUACAUGUAUUGGCAACUGGUUUGGAAAAGGAAGGAGAGGUUUGAUCAUGGGAAUCUGGAAUUCACACACUUCAGUGGGAAAUAUCUUGGGAUCCUUAAUUGCUGCUUACUGGGUGUCCACGUGCUGGGGUCUCUCCUUCGUGGUGCCCGGAGUCGUCGUUGCUGUGAUGGGGAUUGUUUGCUUCCUGUUUCUCAUUGAACAUCCUAAGGAUGUAAGUUGCUCCUGCACACCAUCCAGUAGUUCUAAGACCUUCCUGAAUGGUACAUCUCGGUGCAGAAUCCAGAUGCUGACCUUAAAUGCUAAGGAAAAUGGCAAACUUCAGCAGGAUCCAGAGAUGCAGCACUUACUUACUGACAGUGAAAACAGCAGCGUGUCCCUGAACUCCAGCACUGUGGUCAGUGGGGAAGGAAGACAUGGGACAUCAGCAAUCAGCUUCCUUGGGGCCUUGAGAAUACCUGGAGUUGUAGAGUUCUCCCUUUGUCUUCUGUUUGCAAAGUUAGUGAGCUACACUUUCCUCUUCUGGCUUCCCCUCUAUAUCACAAGUGUAGAGCAUCUUGAUGCCAAAAGAGCUGGGGACCUUUCUACACUGUUUGAUGUGGGUGGAAUCUUUGGUGGAAUUUUGGCAGGUCUCAUUUCAGACAGGCUGGAGAAGAGGGCAUCAACCUGUGGGAUGAUGUUAUUGCUCGCAGCACCCACGUUGUACAUGUUCUCUACAGUCAGUAAAAUGGGACUUGAGGCUACUGUGGUGAUGCUGCUAAUCAGUGGUGCCCUGGUGAAUGGCCCUUAUGCCCUGAUCACCACUGCUGUCUCUGCUGACUUGGGUACCCACAAAAGCCUGAAAGGGAACGCAAGAGCCUUGUCCACGGUGACGGCGAUCAUCGAUGGAACUGGAUCUGUAGGUGCAGCUUUGGGGCCUCUCUUGGCUGGUCUUAUUUCCCCAUCUGGUUGGAACAACGUGUUUUACAUGCUCAUGGUGGCAGACGCAUGUGCCUUGCUACUCUUACUCCGUCUUAUUCAGAAGGAGCUUCAGUGUGAUGCAGAUCACACUCUGUUUAAGGAGCAUUGAGCUACAAGAGCGGAGCUGGAAUAAGGACUGUGCCAGUGGUCAGAGCUCUUCCCUGAAAUCCAGACUUCAUGGGAUGUAUUAUUCUGUAUUUAAGAGAUUCUGUUUGGUGAAGAACCUUGCACCAUUACUGGAAGCAAUGUGAGAAAUGCAGCUGGUAACUCCCUGAAGCUCUUUAUUUUUGCACAUGAGUAAGUACCUCAGGAUGGCAACUAUUCAUCAGACGAAGAGAUGGGAACUUUGGGAAGGUUUUAGCAGCACGCCUCAACUGAGCCAAAGAGAAAUACCAAGUGCCUUUUUUGUUUCUUUUGAUAGGAUGUUUUUAAUUAAACUUAUGAACUGUGUUUUUUGCCAAAAAUCAAGGCGAAACUGGAGCAGAAGGAAGUUGAAAUUGUACCAGCCUGGCAGUGGCUGUCCCAGUGUCAGUGAGCGAAGUGUGUGUUUCUUAUGUCAUCUUGUGUACAUUGAGGGCAUCUCUUUAUAGAGGACAAUAUCAGCUGGUUAUUAAGUUGUGCUGCUAUUAGUAUUUUGAAGCUGCUCAGACAGUAGCCACCCACUGUAUUAUUAGUUUUUAACUACAGUACUACUUCCCAAGGACAACAUCCAGCCUUUUGGUAGGCAGUGGAAUGGAAUUUACUCUUGCCAUGUACUGCAGUUAGCAGUUUUCACAGAAUCUCUGGAUGAGUGUUAGUCCUCAGUUAGGAUUGUGCAAAAAAAAAACCAAAAA